CCCACGGUGGUCGUAGCGCCCUGAGCCAUGGCGGAGGAGCCGGGUACUACGGUGGUGCGGCCGCAGCACCGUUUUGAGCGGGCGGGGCUGGAGGCGCACCUGUGCCGACACCUGCCGGGCUUCCCCGCGCGGCCCGCCGGGGCGCUGGCCCUGCGCCAGUACAGCUCAGGCCAAUCCAAUCCAACAUUUUACUUGCAGAAGGGUGUUAGGGCAUAUGUGCUCCGGAAGAAGCCUCAUGGUCCUCUUCUACCUAGAGCUCACAAGAUUGACAGAGAAUAUCAAGUGCAGAAAGCAUUAUUUUCAGCUGGAUUUCCAGUCCCUGAGCCCUUAUUGUAUUGUAGUGAUGUUUCUGUGAUCGGAACUGAAUUUUAUGUUAUGGAACAUGUACAGGGUCGCAUCUUCCAAGACCUCACGCUACCUGAAGUCAGUUCAGCAGAGCGGUCUGCUUUGUAUGUUGCUAUGAUGGAAACCUUGGCCCGGUUGCACUCGUUCGAUUUGCAGUCACUUGGUCUCCAAGGAUAUGGCAGAGGACCAGGAUACUGUAGGAGGCAGGUGUCAACUUGGAAAAGACAGUAUGAUGCAUCUGCUCAUGCAGACAUUCCUGCUAUGAACCUGUUGGCUGAGUGGUUAAUGAACAAUUUGCCAUCUGGUGACAAUGAAGAAAAUUUGAUUCAUGGAGACUUUAGAAUAGAUAACAUCAUUUUCCAUCCAACAGAGGCUCGUGUUGUGGCAGUCCUCGACUGGGAACUUUCAACCACAGGACACCCUCUAGCAGAUUUAGCUUAUGCCCUCUCCUUCUACUUUUGGCCUAACAGCGUUAAAAGCUUAACACAAGGGAAUAUCUCGAAUUUAAAAGAUACUGCAGGAAUUCCAUCAUUUGAAGAACUGAUGUCAGUUUACUGCCGCUGUCGGGGAAUUAGCACCACCUUUCCCAACUUACAUUUUUUCCUUGCUCUUUCAUAUUUUAAAGUAGCUGCAGUAGUCCAGGGUGUUUAUGCUAGAUUUCUACUUGGAAAUUCUGCGGCAGAGAAUAGCUGUGAGUUUGCUGAGAUGGUAAAACCCUUGGCAGAAACAGGAUUAAAUCUCUCAAAAAGAACAUCUUUCACCAGUGAAACACAGCCCAGAAGUACAGGAGAAUUGUUCCAGCAAAGUAGGAAAGGUCAGCAGAUUCUGCUGAAGGUGAAGCAGUUCAUGCAGCAGUAUAUAUUUCCAGCUGAAAAGGAAGUGGCAGAAUACUAUGCUAAAGAUGAAAAUUCCCUGGACAGAUGGAAGAAACCAGUAGUAAUCGAGAAGCUAAAGGAAAUGGCCAAAGCAGAGGGUCUGUGGAACCUUUUCCUGCCAGCCAUCAGUGGUCUCAGCCAGGUGGACUAUGCAUUAAUUGCAGAGGAAACAGGAAAGUCCUUCUUUGCCCCAGAAAUUUUCAAUUGUCAGGCACCAGACACUGGAAACAUGGAGGUCCUGCACAUGUAUGGGACUGAAGAGCAAAAGAAACAGUGGCUUGAGCCUCUUCUUCAAGGGAAAAUUAGUUCUUGUUUCUGCAUGACAGAACCAGAAGUUGCCUCAAGUGAUGCCACCAACAUGGAAUGCAGCAUUGAGCGAGAUGGAGAUAGCUAUGCAAUUAAUGGCAAGAAGUGGUGGAGCAGUGGGGCUGGAAACCCAAAUUGCAAAGUUGCCAUUGUGAUGGCCAAAACCCCAAAUUCUUCUGCAUCCAGGUACAAACAGCACAGUAUGAUCAUAGUUCCACUGGACACGCCAGGAAUGAAGCUUAUUAGACCUCUCUCUGUGUUUGGCUACAUGGAUCAUAUUCAUGGCGGACAUUUUGAGAUACAUUUUAACAAUGUUCGAGUACCUGUUUCUAAUAUAAUAUUAGGUGAGGGAAGAGGGUUUGAGAUUGCUCAAGGUCGGCUGGGACCAGGCCGGAUACAUCACUGCAUGAGAUCAAUAGGUACAGCUGAAUCUGCCUUAGAAAUAAUGUGCGAACGUGCAGCACAGAGAGCAACCUUUGGGAAGAAGCUGUACCAGCAUGAAGUUGUUGCACACUGGAUUGCAGAAAGCCGCAUUGCUAUCGAGCAGGCCCGACUGCUUACCCUGAAAGCAGCCAGCAGCAUAGACACGGUGGGCAACACAGAAGCCAGGAAAGAGAUAGCCAUGAUCAAAGUGGCUGCACCAAGAGCAGUCCUUAAAGUAGUGGAUUAUGCAAUCCAAGUCUGUGGAGGAGCCGGAGUUUCCCAGGAUUUUCCUUUGGCUCAUAUGUUUGCCCUUACUCGGACCCUGCGAAUAGCCGAUGGGCCUGAUGAAGUUCACCUCUCAACAAUUGCAAAACUGGAACUACAAGACCAAGCUAAGAAGCUGACUGCAAAAAUGUAGUGUUUAAGAGUCAUCCUGCGUACAGGUUCACAUUGCAUCUGCUUUAAUAAGAACCAAGUUUAAUCCUCUGAAUACGAGACCUUUCCCCUGAAUUACAAGGAAUAGUAGAGGGAACGAUGAAGGUAGCUCAACUUAGUUACCCAUAUUUGAUUUUCUGACUGGGUGGCUUAAUUUGGAUUCUGCUUAAACACUGCUUCUCAGGAAAGAGUUGCUAGAAUACCAGCUUAAGCUGCUGAGGCAGUGACUUAAGGAAGGUUAUUUUGGAGUCUUUCCUUGGUCUUACACCAGCAUAUUCCUUGAUCAGUUUUGCUACAGGUGCCUGGAGAAGAAUGAAGUGAUCAUCAUCUGUCUAUAAUCACAAAUAAAGUGCCUUUAAAAAAAAACAAGCCAAUUACCUCCAUGAAUGCAAGAUGAAGGAGGUUUAGUACCAGGAAGCUUGGUUUUAGUUUCCACCCAUCGCAUGUACCUGUAUGGUGAGCAACUCCUGCACUCUCCCUCCCCGCAAACUGUGUAGCUGUUUCAUACUUUAAAAACCAUAUACCUUCUAAUCUCAAUCCUCAUUUUUUUAGAAUGUGUUGAUGAUCCAAAUUCAUGUUCAGUUAUGCUCAAAAAGUAUACAUGUAAAUACACCUAUGCUAAAUCAUGUUAAAGUGAAAAAACUUUCUAAAUAAACUGUUGCAUUUUUCAAAUAUGA